GUGUGUCGCUUUAACGGGCGCAGACCCGCUGUCGCUGCCCCUCGCUGUCCUGCGGGGUAGGGGCUGCAGCCCGCCCGGGUGCUGCCGGAGCCGGGUCCUGUCUGCGCCUGCGCGCGGCGCCGUGCCCGUGUGACCGGGUCCGCCCUGCCGGGCCUGUCCCUGCGCGAGCCCAGCCCACCCGUGUCUGUACGUCGCCGGGAGCCGUGUCGCCUGCACCCGCACCCAGACCGCCUGCUUCCGUACCCGUGUCUUCUGUACCACCUGGAGCCACCUCUGUAGCAUCUCUAGCUAUAUUUGUGAUUACUUUUGGCUGAUCUGCUCUUUCAGAUAUUGCAAAGUUCUGGAUGCUGGCGGCAGAGCCUUGUGAAUGAAUGGCGGCUGUAGAUGACUUAAAGUUUCAAGAAUUUGACGAUGCAGCUAAUUUGCUGGCGGUCAACCCAGAUGCCACCACAGUAAGCGUUGAUGAGCCUAGUGAAAACCCCAAAACACAGCAUGGUCUUCUGCAAGAUACCGGGAGAGAGGAAGACGAUGAGUUAUUGGGGACUGAUGACUCGGACAAAACUGAGCUACUUGCAGGACAGAAGAAAAGUGCCCCCUUCUGGACAUUUGAAUACUACCAGACUUUCUUUGACGUAGACACGUAUCAGGUCCUAGACAGAAUAAAAGGUUCUGUUUUCCCAGUACCGGGGAAGAACUUUGUAAGACUGUAUAUCCGCAGUAAUCCAGACCUUUAUGGUCCCUUUUGGAUAUGUGCCACAUUAGUUUUUGCCAUUGCUAUCAGUGGCAAUCUUUCAAAUUUCUUCAUCCAUCUGGGCAAGCCAACGUUCCAUUACGUGCCUGAGUUCAGAAAAGUGUCCAUAGCUGCAACAACCAUCUAUGCUUAUGCGUGGCUAGUUCCUCUGGCUCUCUGGGGGUUCCUUAUGUGGAGAAAUAGCAAAGUUAUGAACAUAGUCUCCUACUCAUUCCUGGAGAUAGUGUGUGUCUAUGGUUAUUCACUUUUCAUCUAUAUUCCAACAGCAAUUUUGUGGAUUAUUCCACAGAAAGCUGUGCGAUGGGUUCUGGUGAUGUUUGCGCUGUGCCUCUCUGGGUCUGUCUUAGUGAUGACAUUUUGGCCUGCUGUUCGAGAUGAUAACCGCAGGAUUGCGCUGGCUACUAUAGCGACCAUCGUGCUUCUCCAUGCCCUGCUGGCUGUCGGCUGUUUGGCAUACUUUUUUGAUGCCCCUGAGCUGGAUGUUCUGACAACUACUGCAUCUGCUCAAAAUGGAACCGCACUAGUAACUAAGACACAGUAAUUAUGAUUACAAUGCCUGUUUCUUCAUCUGUGUACAGUAACUUUAUUUUAAAUAUUUUUCACUGAAGGAAAUGGAAAUUGCAAAAACUAAAGGGAAAAAAAACAUCUAAGAGGAAAAUCUAGUGGUAUUUCAUGGAUUUGUGAACAUCUAAAUGCUGAAAAGAAGACUAACCAAGUGGUUAAUACAAGUAGAUUUUUACAACUGUCAAUCUUACUUCUUAUACAGUAGGGUUUUUAAAAUUAUUUUUUGCAUAUCUUGCACUCCCUGCAGUGUGGUCUCUCAAUAAAAUACUCCAGAGCGUG